CGCCAUCGCCGUCACCUUCCUCUCCUCCCCUCAAGCCGCUAGGGCUGCCUCCCCCUCCCCGUACCGUACGCCGACCCGACGCCACCAACCUUCCCCAUCGCCUCCACACGCACCCCCGCCGCCGCCUCCUCAUCGGCCGGCGGCGAGGGCACGCCGUCUCCUACCCACCCCAUCCGGUCCUCCGGUGGGCCCCGCCCCGCGCGUCAGAGCCCCGGGCGGCGCGUCGGGGGGUCGCGGCUUAGGGUUUCAUGCGCCGCGCCGGCCGCCGAUGUCGCACCCCGGCAAGUUCGUCUCCGUCAACCUCAACCGAUCCUACGGCCAGCCCGCCCCCUCCUCCCACCAUGGCGGCGGCGGCCGCCCCUCCCGCCCCGCCGUCGCCGGCGGCGGCCACGGCGGGGGCAUGGUGGUGCUCUCCCGCCCGCGCGGGGGCGGCUCCUCCCUCGCCAAGCCGCAGCCGCCAAAGCUCUCCGUCCCGCCGCCGCUGAACCUCCCGUCGCUACGCAAGGAGCACGAGCGCUUCGACGGCGCAGGUGCCGCGGCGGGGGGCGGGGUCGCCUCGGCUCCGCCCCGAUCCGGCGGACCUGCCGCCGGUUGGACCAAGCCGGCCCCGGCGUCUGAGAAGCCUCCAGGCUCCGCGGCGCUCCCCGGCGGGGCCGCCAGGCCACCAUCCUAUGGCUUCGUGGAGAAAACAGUCGUCUUGCGAGGGGAGGACUUCCCGUCCUUGAAAGCAGCUGUCGCUCCGCCAACACCUCCGCAGCCUGCGCAGCGGCAGAAGGACACUGAUGGGGCACGGCUUGCCACACCUGAGGCGCGGCCUGGGUCCCUUGCGAUGCGGCCGCAGGGAACGCCCUCGCGCGCCACUGAGCCACUGGCCUCUGCUGGCGGAUUGGGAGCUGGUGGACGUGCUUCUGCGGAGAGGCUGCAGAAGCCUGAUCUGGGGCCGCUUCCGAUGGUCCGGCUCAGGUAUGAUUCUGAGUGGGCUGAUGACGAGCGUGACACAGGGCUCAGCCUUCCAGAGCGGGACAGCAGGGAGAGGGGAUUUGGCAGGACUGAGGCCAUGGUUCCAGGACGCGACCUUUACGGGGCAGUGAGGGAGCCCUUCAAAAAGGAGCCAUUUGGGAGAGAUGUGGCUGCAACAAAUAAAGAGGCUGUCCAGGACGGGUUGUGGCGAUCUCCUAUGUCAAAUCAACACGAUAGAGAUCGAACAGACGGCCGACCAUAUAGUGGAGGCAGAGGAAGCAGUGUACAAUUGUAUCGGGAAAGCAUAGCUGCCGGAGGCUCCAAGGAUAUGUGGAAUAAUAAUAGGGAGCCUCCUAUGCGUGCCAAUGGACAGAAUGGGGUCGAACAAUUUGGAACCACACGUGUUGGGGAAACUGCCAGUGACCGUUUUGGUGACAGUUCAAAUAAUUGGCCUAGGUUGAAUUCUUUCCAGAACAAUGUUGGUUCGAAGGCGCAGCCUUUUGCUACUAAUAAAGGGCCUUUAAUUAAUGAUCCGGUGGCAAAGUUUGGUAGGGAGAAGCGGCACACUGGUUCCCCUGUUAAACCUUUAAUAGAAGAUGGUGGUUUUGAUAGCAUUUCUGCCGUUAGUUUGACUGCAAUAAAGAAGAAAAAAGAAGCAGCCAAACCAGCUGAUUUUCAUGACCCAGUAAGGGAGUCGUUUGAGGCAGAGCUUGAUAGGAUAUUGAGGGUACAGGAGCAGGAAAGACAACGGGUAAUGGAAGAACAGGCAAGGGCCAGAGAAAUUGCCCGGAAGCAAGAGGAGGAGCGGGAGAGGCUGAUAAGAGAAGAGGAGGAGAGGCAGCGUCUGGUGGAGGAACAGGCAAAGCAGGCUGCUUGGCAGGCUGAGCAAGAGAGGCUGGAAGCUGCCAGAAGAGCUGAGGAGCAAAGAAUCGCCAGGGAGGAGGAAAAGAAGAGAAUUGCCUUGGAGGAGGAGCGGCGUAGGGAGGCAGCACAUAAAAAACUCCUAGAGUUAGAGGCAAGAAUAGCUAGGAGGCAAGCGGAAUCAAACAUUGGUAGUGCAAGAGGCGGGCAACUUACUGUCAAUGAUGAAUUGACUCCUGGAGACUUCAAGGAUAGGGAUUUGCCAUGCUCUGCUAACUUUGGUGGCAGAAAGGAUAUCGACAGAAUAAGCGAACACAUCAAUACCUCGGCUCCACUGGAGUCCUCUAGUGUCAACAGGUACAAUGAGACAGUUCCAAGGGUGCACACUCUGGAUGGACACUCUUCACUUAUUGACAGAGAAAAUGCAUACUAUGGUUCAAGGGCUGCUUUUCCAGAACAAGAGAAUGCUCAUCACAGUCCACGGCGUGACCCUUUUGCUGCAAGGAGGGGAAAUUUCCCUAAGAAAGAUCUUAAUGAUGGAUUUGGGAAUGUGUCGGUUAGGCCAUCUUCAAGAGGUCGAACAACUGACUCUCCUUGGGCAAUGGAAGACUUCCGUCAUGAAAAGGUUCCACGGUGGGAUGGAACUAGGGAGAUUGACCGUUUUGACAAGCAAUCUGACUUUGACACUGAGCUUUUUAACAGUGACAGGUUUGGAGAUGCGGCUUGGCUGCCUAGUAGUUCUCAUGAAAGCCCCAAUGCUCAACAAGGAGAUAGGAUGUUUCAGAGUCCUGAUUUUAAUGAAUUCUCUGCUUUUACCAGACCCCGUUACUCUAUGCGACAACCACAUGUUCCCCCACCACCAACUGUGACCUCAGUGAACAGAAGUUCAGUCGGUGCUUCUGCUCAACGUCUCAAUUCAUCCUUCAUGGAUGGUGGGAUGGGAGAGAAUUCUGGUAGAGAUGAUGAGCAAAUUAUGCAGGGUCAGUAUGGAAGUGCAUACCAAGAGGCAUCUCGCCAUCGUGGGAUACGACCUGACCACAUUAAUGAACACCAAAUCGAGGAUAGAAAAAGCCCUGUAUUGGGUUCACAAUCUUCUCUUUCUGUUUCAAGCCCUCCUAGCUCACCUCCACAUGUUUCACAUGACGAGAUGGAUGUAUCUGGCGAUUCGCCUGCAUUGCCGACUUCUGCUGAUGGUGAACGAACAAUGCUAUCUGACAAUGACCAUGCAGUGCUGACUCUAGACGCAGCCAGUGCAAGCAGAAUCGCUGCAUUAGGAGUGUCCCACUUGGAGGAUGAUGAAUGGUCAAGUGAAAACAAUGAUGUUAGGCAAAAACAGGAUGAAUACGAUGAAGACGAUGAGAGCUACCAGGAAGAUGAAAUCAACGAAGCUGAUGGUGAGAACCUAGACUUGGACGAUGAGUUCUUGGAGGAGCAGAAUACACCCGUAGAACUGGAACCAGUUAUACUUGGAUUUGAUGAGGGUGUGCAGGUUGAAAUUCCCUCAAAUAGCGAACUUGAACUAGCUUCUAUGAGGAGCGCUGAAAGGACAAUUGGGGUACAUUUAAGCUCAGGUGUUGCAGAGCAAGAUGAUGCCAGUGGUUCAGUUGUCCAUUCUGACCCUGUUACUGAAGCAGAGAAAACACUGCAGGCAUUGACUCUUGAUCGUGUAAAUGCCCUGACAGAAGACAGUAAUGGAAAGCGAUCCAGUAGCUUAGUGACACCUGCUUCAAGUUCCCAGUUACCUCAGGCAUCUUCAGCAGCUGCUAUUAUGUCGUCAGCUUCAGCAGUAGUUGGGCAGAAUGAAGUACCUGUUAGCCUCCAGUUUGGUUUGUUUACAGGGCCUCCUCUAAUACCAACUCCGGUUCCAGCCAUCCAGAUUGGUUCCAUACAGAUGCCAAUCCAUCUCCACAACCAGAUUAACCCAUCCCUGGCCCAUAUACGCCCUUCAACAACCCCUUUAUAUCAGUUUGGCCAGUUGAGGUAUGGCCGCCCUAUUGCUCCAAGUGCACAUUCUCAGGCCAUCCCACCUGCAUAUUCUUCUGUACCAGCUCAGCAUACAUUGAAUCAGAAUGCUUCCAGUGUUCUACCUGAGUUAAUGGAUCAAGAUACACACCAGAAUGUUCCAAAUCAGGGAGUCUCAUCUACCUUUAUCAAUAAAUCAGCAGCACCUACAGCCAAGCUUCCACUUGUAAUGGGCGAUUCAAAUUCUCAGUAUCUCAGCACUUCUGCAAACAACCAGACAGCUGCUGCGGAGGGAUCUCAUGGCCAGGUGGACAGCCAGCCUAUUGGAGGUACAACUCCCAGUGAGAGGGAUCAGGAUCUCUCUUUGAACAGGAAUUGCAAACCUACCUCCGACAACAUAGAAUCUUCUCAGUUCGGUUUGGAGGGGAGAGUCUUGAAUGGUCCAAAGGCUCCAGGUGCUGUCUCUGCUGGAAGGGGGAGGAGAUAUGGAUAUGCUGUUAAAGACAUUAACAUGAGAUCAACUGGUUCAGUUGUUGACCCUUCUCAUAAAGAUCCCAGAGGAGGAUUCCAGAGGCGGACUCGUAGGAAUGUAAGAAGAACUGAGUUUAGAGUUCGGGAAAACGUCGAGAAGAACCAAAGCGAAGCUUCUGAGUCAUUUGCCCAUGGUGAACAGGAUGAGAGGCCAUACUCCAACGGAACAGCAAGAGAUUUUCCAGUGAGAAAUGCUAACAGAAAGGAACUUGAUACAAAUAAGUCAUCCAGGAUAAAUGAAGGAAAUGAUCAUAGUGCCUCAUUUAGAAGCACACACAAGGCUCCUUAUGAAAGAUCACAUGGUGGGAACAAGAAAUCCAGAACAGGUGCUAUUCCUGAAGGAGAUACUACCUUGUUGCAAGCUGGAGCUGUGCGUGUUGUUAAGCAGCAAGGUAUUGAGGUCCCUGUUGACGCAGAUGGCUUCAUUGAAGUAAGGUCCAAGAGGCACAUCAUGAGUGUCAGGCGAGAACAGAGGGAGAAGGAAAAUAGAUCCAAAAUGAGGAUGACAAAGGCUCCCCGCAAACAGCAUAAUUCUCUACAGAGUUCGGUUGCUCCUAACGUGAAUAAACGGACUGCUACUUUGGGUGGAGAAGUUGCAAAGAAAGUUUCUUUGGAUUCUGCCAUCACAAUAGAAGGAAGGAUUGCUGACUAUACUGAAUCAACAGUUGCUAACAAUUCUAUGAACCCCAUUGGGCCACCUUCAACCAGCGCAGAAACUCAUACAAACUGCUACACCAAUCACUUUUACAGGACUAUCCAAAUCCAGGCAUCCUCUGACUUGGUCACCUCCAGUCCUUCUGCAAAGCUUGUGAGUGGCUUAUCGGAAGACAACAAUAAAGGGACAUCCAUCAAUACUCCAUUUAACAUGGUUUCCUGGGAUAAUUCACAAAUGAACCAGCAGGUUAUGCCAUUAACUCAAACACAACUUGAAGAAGCUAUGAGACCAGCUAAAUUUGAACAGCAGGCUGGUUCCAGCUUUUCUUUGGAGUCCAACAAUGCAUUGCCUCCAACAGUAACCACAGAAAAGGCGUUCCCUUCAUCUGCUAGUCCUAUUAACUCCCUUCUGGCUGGCGAGAAAAUUCAAUUUGGGGCAGUAACGUCACCAACCAUGCUACCCACAGUCAGCCGAACUGUUUCAAGUGGUCUUGGAGCUCCAGGUUCAUCUAGGCCUGAUAUGAAGAUUGAUCGAGGCUUGCCUAGUGAGAACAGUGGUCCUGAUAAGGUGAAUUCUAAGGAAUUAUGUCCCAAUACAGAGGAUGUGGAAGCAGAAGCUGAAGCAGCUGCUUCUGCUGUGGCUGUGGCAGCUAUUUGUACUGAUGAUGGGUCUCCAGCUGAUGCAACUACAGCAUCUGCUCCAGACAACAAGAGCUUUAGCAGCAAGGAUCUUAGUGGGUUAACAUCAGGAGCAGGGGCAAUAACAGGCCAAGCCAGUCAAUCAUCCACGGAAGAGCCGCUCUCAGUUGCUCUUCCUGCAGACUUAUCAGUUGAUACUCCAUCCAUGUCCCUUUGGCCUCCUCUAGCCAGUCCACAAGCAUCAGGGCCAAUGCUUUCUCAGUUUCCUGGUGCACAGCCAUCCCACUUUUCCUGCUUUGAUAUGAAUACGAUUUUAGGAGGGCACAUUUUUGCAUUUGGGCCGAGUGAUGAAUCUGCUGGCUCUCAGGGUCAGCACCCUCAAAGAAGCAAUGCCGUGCCUUCAGCACCAUUGGGAGCUUGGCCGCAAUGCCAUUCUGGGGUAGACUCUUUCUACCGUCCACCAACUGGGUUUGCCGGACCUUUCAUUACUCCAGGAGGAAUCCCAGGUGUGCAAGGUCCUCCACAUAUGGUGGUCUAUAACCACUUCGCUCCAGUGGGGCAGUUUGGUCAAAUGGGCCUUGGUUUCAUGGGAGCCACGUAUAUCCCUGGUGACAAGCAGCCUGAUUGGAAGCAAAACCAAGGAACACCUGUUGUUGGUGUAAGCCAGAGUGAUCCAAACAACCAAAAUAUGGUGUCUGGUCAAGUCAACCCUCCCAGUGUUCCUACUCCAGUGCAGCAUCUACGCCCAACUUCUAUCAUGCCAAUCCCAUCUCCACUGACCAUGUUUGACAUUGCUCCUUUCCAGGCGUCCACAGACAUACAGAUGCAAACAUGUUGGCCACAUAUGCCUGUACCGCCUCUACACUCUGUUCCAUUAUCAGUGCCACUUCAGCAGCAUCCAGUAGAGGGUACAGCCGCACAGCAGUUUGUUCAUACUGUUCCAGUAGACAACAAGGCUAGUACAAAUAACCGAUUCCAGGAGCCCUCUGCUUCUACCGCGCCAUCAGAUGGCAGCAAGACCUUCCCAAAUGCAGCUGCUGCUCAGUUCACAGAUGGGUUGGGUCUUGUCGAACAACCAACCUCCAGUAAUUCAAGCUCCCAAACUGUUCAGCCUUCUUCAUUUGGCCAGGCAGGCGUGAUCAGCAAUGAAGUCUCAACCAGUGCCAAAGUCAUGGUUAGAGCGACCCCAUUGAAAGUAAACCCUGGGACUGUAGCAGGGGUGGCUAGCAACCCCAACGGGUGCCAGGUCACCAACAUGCCUUCCAAGACCCAUCAAUCGUCAUUGUCAUCAGACCAGCAGUACCAUCAUCCAGUUAACAAUCAGGAUCGCAGGGCCCGUGCGACCCAAAAGACUGGUACUAGCAACGAGUGGCAGCGGCGAUCAGGAUACCAGGGGAGGAAUCAAGGUUCUGGUUCUGACAGGGGCCCAGGCACUGGUAGGAUGAAGCAGAUCUACGUCGCCAAGCCCUCAGCUACAAGUGGCCAUGCCCCAUCAGGCUAGAGCAGUUGCUGCCCUUCACUGAGCCUGCUUCACGCAGUAGAGCUCAAAUCGCCCUUGGCAUCAGAUACAUGCGAAACAUAUUUUCGCUUCGUGUCUGUCUAUUGUGGCUUAUUUGGUGAUUAUGCCAUGUGCUGGUUGUGUAUGUUUUGGGUUCGUUUUCACAUAGAAGAAAAAAAGGGUGCUGUUGCAGUGCCGAAAACGUUUGAGGCGAUACCAUGUCAUGCCUGGAUAAAUUUUGCAGCCGAUGGAAUCGGCUGCCCGUGUAAGUCACUGGUGUGUGAUGUCAGGAUAACUAUUGUUUAUUAUUAUUUGUUGGCCGGCUAAGUGGCCUGGACAGCCUGGGGGGCGAGGAAAUGUAUCGUGGGAUGUGUUGAUAAUCCAAUUUGGUGCCAUCUUAUCGAAA